UGCGAAAACAGAGCUGCAGUGAUGAGCUUUUUCUUCGAUCGGCCAAAUUUGCUAUAGAAAACAUCAUGCAUUGCUUCUCCGGAGAUCACAAGAUGUGCAAGGAACGCUCACGAGUGUGCACCUAUCGAGUGACCAGCUCGUACAAACAUUUGCCCUAUGGAGAGCCACUAGCACUCCAGGAGAGUGACAAGAAAAUUAUUUUAGGAAACAUUAAUAAAACAUUUGAUGCCACGGGGUUGAAAGAAGUGGCAAAGCUCUUUAACACAAAUGCUUGUGAGAGCUUAAAUGCAUCUGUGUUUCAUUAUGCCCCCAAAACUUCAUUCUAUGCUAGAAACUUUGCAGCUCUGUGUCAUUCUGCAGUUCAUACAAGGUCUAUGGGGCCCAGCAAAUCAUCAAUGAAGGUGGCAGAAAAGGUGACAGGGAAAAAAAUCAGUUUACAUAGCAUGAUAUACAACCAACUGAAGGCCAAGGAUCGCAGACGGGAAUAUGACAGCCGCAGGAAGGCCUCAGUGCGGUACAAAAUAGUCAGAUUCUACCUUAGAAAGCGGCACGCAAACAGAGCCCUGUACCGGGACGGUCUAUAUGCCUCUGAAAGUAUGCCAUCUACAAGUGCUGCUGACCAUAGCUAUGGACUUAAAGUGUAAAACAGAAAACCUUGUGAUGUACAGUACAUGCAAACUGCGAACGGCAACAUAACAAUAACCUAACUUGUAUAUUUACCGCAGACCACAGACAGCAUUCCCUGAAGCCCCUGUGACCCGAGCAUUGACCAUUUGUAAGGCACACUUUGCGGGAAUUAUUAACAGUUACUGGCUCAUACGAUAAAUGCUCUAUAUUAAUGCAAAGCUUAUUGUGGCAGAGGUGUGAGAUAUGGAAAUUGCGCUGCAGUGCACUGUGUCCGGGAUCACACAGAUAGUACUUGAGACGGUGGACUUUUAGCUUGAUGCGCUUGCCCGAUACAACAACACGGUGCACACC